UUCCCCAUCCUCGACGCGGCGGCCGUUGCCGACUUCACCAUCAUCGCCAUGUCGAGCGAGGAGGAGGUCGAUGCGCAAGGCGAGACGGUCCUGCGCUGCUUGACGGGUCUCGGCUCCUUCCUCACCCACUUCUUCCCCUCGGUCGAGCGCAUCCACUGCGUCUCUGCCACGCCGUCCGCCGCCUCUUCCGCCACCUCUUCCGCCAUGGCGACCGAGGACGCCGCAUCGCCCGCCGCGACCGCGUCGCCCGAGGCGACCCUCAUCGUGCGCGCCAUUUGCGAGAAGACGCCCAAGGGCCUGCGGUGGCGCGAAGCGCGGCCGCGCGUGCUCGCCGAGCGAGUCGCGUGGGAGAAGGAUGACGGCGAGACGGCGGGCGUCGUGCGGGGCGGCGGUCUGAGCGCCAACAGGCUCGUGCACCUGCAAGGCCUUGGCGACUUCAAGGUGUCCAAGCGCAACGCGCCUGCACCCUCGGAGACCAUGUCGGUCGACGGCACCGCCUCUACCUCUGCGCCGUUCGACCCGCUCUCGCUUCCCGACGACGACGCCGACUCGCUCGCCUCGACCAACAUCCCCGACGACGACGAGUUCGGCCUCGACGAGCAGACGUGGCCGACCGAGGAGGAGAUGUCGUCGGCGCCAGGCGCACGCGACCGCGCCGAGAUGCCGCCGCCGGCUCGGCCGGGCACAACGCCCAAGCUGAAGAAGGUGGCCAAGGGCACGAGCGCGUACCAGGCGGCGUGGAUCAUCGACGACGAGGAGGACGAGGACGAGGACCUCGAGGCGGACGAGGACGACGAGUCGAUGAAGGCGAGCGGCGGGGCAGGCGACGAGGUGGACGAGGAGGAGGAGAAGGAGGAGACCGAGUUCGUCGACACGGCGGCCGACGACACGGCGUCCGUCUCGGCCCGGCCUUUCGCCGACCUGUCGCCCGAGCAGGAGGAGGCGCAGCUCAAGGAGUACCUGUCGCAGCGCGCCGCACAGCGCAACACGCAGAACCUUGACGACCUCGACUUCCCCGACGAGGUCGACACGCCGCUCAACAUCGCCGCACGCGAGCGCUUCGCCCGGUACCGCGGUCUCAAGAGCUUCCGCACGAGCCGGUGGGACCCGUACGAGGAGCUGCCGCGCGACUACGGCCGGUGCUUCAUGCUCGAGGACUGGAAGGGCAUGGGUCGCAAGAUGGAGCGACGAGGGCAGCAGGUCGAGGGUGCCGAGCCCGGCACGCGCGUCAUCGUCCACGUCGCCAACGUUCCUCGGCGAGCCGUCGACGACCACGACCCGCUCAACCCGUUCGCGCUCUUUGGCCUGCACAAGCACGAGCACAAGUACUCGAUCAUGCACUUUACGGUGCAGCGCAACACCGAGAACUCGGACACGGUGCGGUCCAAGGACCCGCUCGUCCUCCAGCAGGGCUUCCGCCGGUUCGCCAUCAACCCGAUCUUCUCGCAGCACACGCAGCGCAACGGCGGUCGCGGCGCCAACAACGUGCACAAGUUCGAGCGCUUUCUCCGCCACGGCAUCAACGCCCACGUCGCGACGGCCUACCUCCCGAUCACGUUCGGCAACUCGCCGUCGCUCCUCCUCCGGGUGCCGACCACCUCGGCCGACGCCGUCAACGCCUCGCCCGACCAGGGCAUUCACCUCAUCGGCACGGGCUCGCUCCUGUCGUCCGACGCGACGAGGAUCACGGCCAAGCGCGUCAUCCUGACCGGCCACCCGUUCAAGGUGCACAAGAAGACGGCGACGAUCCGGUACCUGUUCUUCAACCGCGACGACGUCGAGUACUUCAGGCCGAUUCAGCUCCGCACCAAGACGGGCCGCGUCGGCCACAUCCGCGAGCCGCUCGGCACGCACGGCUACUUCAAGGCCGGCUUCGACGGCCCGAUCUCGCAGCUCGAUACGGUCUGCCUCACGCUGUACAAGCGCUGCUUCCCCAAGUGGGGCCGCGUCUGGGACGGCCGCCCUCUGCCUAUCGUCACCAAGGGCGACGUCGAGCAGCAUGCGGCGCUGCACGAGGGCGAGGUCGAGAUGGCGUGA